AUGGCCCAGGUGGAGACGAGCCCCAGGAGGCGCUGGCAGAAGGUGCUCUAUGAGCGCCAGCCCUUCCCGGAUAACUAUGUGGACCAGCGGUUCCUGGAGGAGCUACGGAAGAACAUCCAUGCCCGCCAGUACCAGUACUGGGCUGUGGUCUUCGAGUCGGGGGCAGUGGCGCAGCAGCUGUGCAGCGUCUGCGUAUUCGUCGUUACCUGGUGGUACAUGGACGCCGGGAUGCUGAGCCCACAAGAGCUCUUCGGAGCAGGCCUGGUCUCUUCCCUGCUUGGCUACAUCCUGUUCCACGUUAUUGACGCUGGGGACGGGAGGCAGAAGAGCGGGCGGACGUGGUGGGCAGACCUGAAGAGCACGGUAGUAUUCAUUGCCUUCACCUACGGCUUUUCACCGGUGCUUAAGACACUGACAGAAUCAAUCAGCACAGACACCAUCUACGCCAUGUCAGCCUUCAUGCUCCUGGGCCACCUCAUCUUCUUCGACUACGGCGCUAAUGCUGCCAUUGUAUCCAGCACGCUGUCCCUCAACAUGGCCAUCUUUGCCUCUGUGUGCUUGGCAUCCCGCCUGCCGCGCUCCCUCCACGCCUUCGUUACCGUCACCUUCGCCAUGCAGAUCUUCGCCCUCUGGCCCAUGCUGCAGAAGAAGCUGAAAGCCCAGACGCCCCGGUGCUACGUGGCGGUCACCGUGCUCUUUGCGCUGGCAGCGCUGGCAGGACUGGUGAGCAUUUCCAGCGUGGGCGCCGUUCUCUUCGCCUUGCUGCUGCUCUGCAUCUCCUGUCUCUGUCCCUACUGUCUCAUUCGGCUUCAGCUGUUCAAGGACAAUAUUCACGGCCCAUGGGAUGAGGCCGAGAUCAAGGAGGAUCUCUCCAGGUUCCUCAUGUAGGCCUGCCUCUGAGGAACAGAGGGAGGGAGAGAAGGG